AUGGUUGCUACUAAAAGAACAGCUGAAAGUUUGAGAGCUGCAAGAUUUAUCAAGAAACAUAAAAAACUUAUAACUAAUCCAAAAGAAGAUGGUGUCUCCAAUUGUAUUAUUCGUGUUCCUGUAACAAUGUAUGUCUCAUUAGCUCCAAUGUAUUUACAAAAUCCAUUACAAGGGAUAAUGAAACAACACCUAAACCCAAUGAUUAUGAAAUAUAAUAAUAAUAUUGGCGGGGUUGUUAUGGGCUAUGAAGAUUUAACCAUUAUGGAUGCCGAUCCAAAUGAUGGUGGGGAAAAGAUAGGCAAAUUAAUUAAGGUCACACCUGACACUCCUUUCAGUUUUAUGUGGUGCAAAGUUAAAUUAUAUGUCUGGCAACCUCAGGUUGGUGAUGUGUUAGAAGGUAAUAUUUUCAUUCAAUCUGCAUCUCAUAUUGGUUUGUUAAUCCAUGACUCCUUUAACGCCUCUAUCAAAAAGAACAACAUUCCAUACGAUUGGACUUUCAUACAGGAUGAACAACAAGAAGAUGUCAAUGAAGAUAGUCGAGAUGAUAAUGAUAGUUCUAAGCCAAAGAAUAGAAAGACUGGUUCAUUGGGUCAUUGGGCUGAUUCCUAUGGUAAUCAAAUAGAUGGGAAAUUAAAGUUUAGUGUCAGAAAUAUAUAUACUACAGGUAGAGUUGUAUCAGUCGAAGGUACCCUAUUAGAAAGCGAAGAAAGUAAUUCUGAGGCAGAAAAAUUACCAGUAGUGUCAAAUAAAAAGAUAGUGUUUGAUGAAGAAGUAGAGGAAGAAAACAGAGAAAGUCACAAAGAUUUAGUUUUAUCUGAAGUUAAAGAAGAUAAUGGAUCAUCUAUUGUUUAUGAAGCUAAUUCUAGCAGCAGUGAUUCUGACGAUUCUGAUGAAAGCGAUUAA